AAAUAAAAUAAUGGCCGAAGAGCUAUAAAAAUAAUUUCAUGUGAAAGUGAAUGAAUGAAACUGUGAAUUUGUAGUUGUGUUUGUGCUUAUAGAUUGACUAUGAUUUGGUUUUGUGUGUUAACUAUUUCCGGUUAAUACUAAGAAAAUGGAAUAUAAUCACUUUGGUGAUAGGGGUGUGGAUUUUACGGAAGACCCACUGUUAGAUGACUCCUUUCAACCGCACCACCAUCAACAAUACCAUCAUCAUGGUCAUAACGCUCCCCCUGUUAUGCCGAUGAUGCCCCCUCUUCCGCCACCACCAGAGCAUCGUUUUCUUUUUGAUGCCCCUCCUAGUGAUGAUUAUCCCCCUGAGUUUAGGCAUAGAGAAGACCCUUAUGUUCGUUUCGGCCCCCCUGACCCAUUCAACCACCCUGACCCAUUCAACCACAGCCGUUUUCCCCCACCACCGGGUCCUGGUCCUCCUCUUCCCCCUAACUUGCUCCAUCGCAUGAGGGGUCCUCCUCCUCAGCACAGUCAGGAAUUAGGCUUGUACAAUGAUGAGUCGGGGAUGAGACCAUCCCCCUUUUCAUUUGAGGAAUAUAGAUCUAGAUCUAAUUUUGAUAGGCAAGCUUAUUAUAAUAAUGCAAACUUUGAUGGAGGGCUAGAUCUAGGAGCAAACCCUACAGAUGACUAUUAUGAAGAAAUAUCAGAUGAUGAUGAAUGUGAUAGAGCCAACAAUAAAAAGGCAGGCAGUGUUAAUUCUCAGAAGGGCUUGCCUUCGAAUUCUAGUGAUAAUUCGUUUGUUAAUCUUCCAUUUGUACCAAAGUUUGAGUUUUCUAAUAAGUUAAAGAACACUGUGGAAGAAUCAAAGCUUUUAUCGACAGAUGCUCUAGCUUUAGCAAAACAAUGGAAAACUGAGAAGAAAAAGAAGAAAGUGUCGUUAGUUCCCAACACUAUUGUGCCACCCGUAUCAUCAGUAUCUGAGAGCGGGGGGCCAAAUGUAAGCAAUGCUGCUGAAAGCUUCACAAGCUCUUCCAGUGUUUCAGAUCAGAAAAUCAGUGAAUUUUAUCAGUCAAUUCAAAAUGUUGACUCUCACGCACUGGUUACAAAUAAGGCCUCUUCACAAACCAAUACAGAUGGGAGGCAAACUGAAGCAGCCGGCUCGUUCCCGGGUGGAGGCGACAGGACUAAUAGUUUAGCAUAUUCCUUAAAUAAAAGUCAAAGCUAUAGCGGUAGUGAUACUUCUCUUCUUAUGUGUGCCCCCCAAAGUAAGGCUGGUGGGGAAUCAAAUGUCGGUGCUUCUGGCUCAGCAUCUAGUCAAAUCCCAGCUGCUGACUGGCUUGAUGAAAAUGGUGACCCAGUGAAGGGUGCCUUUGAUAAUAUAAGUUCCAAACCUUGUACAAAUCAAUUAGCUAAUGUUGUGAAGAAUUCGAAAAUAGAGUAUGUGUUUUCUGUGAAAGAACGGAAAAAUGUUGCGGGUAGUGCCGCGGAUUCACUGGUUGUGGAUGCCGGAGCAUCGUCAAGUGGUGUGUGUAGUGGUAAUAGUUCAUUUAUUUCUCCAAAUGUUUCACAUGAACUCGUAGCAGGGACUGAGGUCGCUUUAGGUCGGCCCACACUCACUGCGGGCCCGGAGUUCAAUGGUGACGAAGAAAAAAAACUUUAUCAAGCCUCGAAGAACCGAGAGGAGUACAGGGCUGUGGUGGAAGCGGCAACUGCGGUUGACGCGACAACUGCACUGGUAGCCAAGGCCAGGGAGAAGAAUGAAUUGGUCAAGAAAGAAAGAUAUAACCGAUUCAGACGCAAUCGCUUCACUGACCGGAAGGAUGGGGAGACCGAGACAGAAACUCCAGUGGUUGAAGAUCCACCAUCACAGUCAAAGACUCAAGAGGAGCAAGCAUUGGAAAGUCAAGCCAUCACUGAAAUCCUGAAGGAAGUCAAGCAUGGAGCUGAGCGGGCCAAGACUUACGGAGCUCUGGGAUGGCAGAGGAAGCCGGUGCCGGUGGUCAACAAAACCUUUCUGCGCAACACCCUGGUCAGCACGCUGAGGGAGCCCUACAAGCCGCCGGGCAAGCGUGGACGCUUCAACGUGGGUCUGGCCCGACAGGCACGCACCAGGGACUCUCGCAGUCGCAGCUCUUCUUCCAGAUCCAGCCGCAGUAGCAGCUCCAGUCGAAGUCGCAGCAGAAGUCGAGGUGACAGGAGUAGGGGCAGUCGCAGCAGGAGUAGAAGCAGUCGCAGCAGGAGUAGAAGCAGCCACAGUAGCAGCAGUAGGGAGGGGAGGUACCGAGGGCCUGGGGGUGGCGCCGGGAAUGCCUGGCCACCAGGCUACUACGACGAGGCGUGGGCGUCCUACGUGGCAGAGUUUGGCUACCCGUGGUACGACCCGGAGACCCUGGCAAUGUACUACGGGGAGGGCUGGCCCAUGGAGGCCUACUCGGCAAUGUACUACGCCGACCCUCAGGCUUGGCAGGACUAUCAGGCGUACUAUGGUGGUGGUGGUGGUGGCCAGGGUUUCCCGGGGAGGGGGCGCGGCUUCAGGGGGAGGGGAAAUGGGCGUGGGCGGGGCAGGGGGGCGUGGCGACGAGACUACGACAACGGCAGUCCUCACCGCAGAGAGAGAAGCAGGAGCGCGUCGAGUGAUGAGCUACACAGAGCAGGCUCUAGUCGGAAUCUGGGCAGUCGGGCGGUUUCGAACCAGGGCAGCCCAAGUGUGGGCCAAGAGUCGGCCCCGCCGCGCCCCAGUGUGCACUCGCGGCUCGGCAAGAGGAAGCAUAGCCCACCGCAGCGGGCUGGGGACGCAACCUCGAGCCCACCACAGGCACGGGAUAAUGCGCAGACGGAUUCUCUCGCAGAGGCAGGCAAAAAAUCAAAACGUGACUCGCAGUCGAAAGAGAAGAAGAAAAAGAAAAAGAAGAAAAAGCAUAAGAAGAAGAGCAAGAGAAAGCGCAAGGGGGAGGAAAAGGAGGAGGGAGAGGGGGAGCAAGAGGAGGGGAAGGAAGGGCAGGACGGAAGCAAGCCUGACGUAGAAAUGAAGGGGGAUUCAUCUUUGGAGGGGAGAAAGAGGGAUGCAUCUGUGGAAGGGAAAAAGAGGGAGGAGGAGGGGAGAAAGAGGGAUACCUCAGUGAAGGAGAGAAAGAGGGAUACGUCUAUGGAAGGAAGAAAGAGGGAUAAGUCUGUGGAAGGGAAAAAGAGGGAUACAGAGAAGGGAAAGAGGGAUACGUCCGUGGACUCUACCUCAAAGACAAAGGGGGGCAAGUCUCUGAAGAAGUCAAAGAGUGACAAGUCGGGCAAGGGGGGAAAGAAGGCCGAGUCGGGCGAGUGUGGGGACGGGGGGCGGGCUGGUAAAUGUGCCGAGGCGGAGAAGGGAGACCAAUCUAGCAAGAGCAAGGCAGACUGCGAGACGGGAGAGAAACGCGCGACUGUGAGGAAAGAGACCAGGGUCAAAGAAGGUGUGUUGGGGACUGUCAAGGCCGCUGGUCCUACGGAUGGUGUGCGACUAGAAGAUGGCAGAUCGGAAUCCCAGCAGACGUCAAAGGGAGGUAAUCCAGCAUCUGGUGGAAGAAACGAGGAGAGAGCUGAGGGGAAAGAUGUGCCCAAGAAGAAGAAGAAAGUGGUGAAAAAAGUUGUGAAGAAGAAAAUGGUGAAGAAAGCUGUUGAAGGAGGGGAGGUAGAAGGGAUAAAGAAGAAAGUUGGAGUGAAGAAGAAGGUGGGUGCAGUUGGGAAGAAAGGAGUGAAAAAGAAGAAGAAAGUGGCCAGUGCAGGUGAGGGGAAGGGGGUGGGUAAGGGAAAGGGUGAGUCAGCGAGUGAGGAGGUGAGUAAGAGAGUGGGUGAGGGGGAGGGUCAGAGGAAGGGUGAGGGAGUGAGUGAGAGAGCAGGUGAGGGUGAGAGGGUUGGUGAGGGGAGUUCCAACAGAUCAUGUGGGGAGUCUAGCGGGUAUGUUGAUAGGACGGCACAUGAGUUGGUCAAGGGCAGGGCGGAGAUAGACAGAAAGUCUGAGUGUAAGGAAAAGAUAUUGGAGGUUAGGGCAGAGAUGGACAGAAAGUCCGAGUCUAAGGCAGAAGAAAAAACAUCAAAGGACAUGACAGAGAUAGAGAGAAAGUCUGAGUGUAUGGAUGAAGAAAGAACAUCGAAGGGUAGCUGAGACAGAGAGGUAAACAGCGAGUGUAAGUAAAAAGUUCUGAGUGGGAGGGUAAUGGAGAACAGGUACAGAAGAAUAUAUAGUGAGGGAUUUCAGGGCUGCUGAUGGACAGAAGAAAGAAGAGGAAGAAACUUGCUUUCUGAAGUGUGCCAUGAGGUGAGUGGUGUUGUACUGUAGAGGUGAACUCCCUAGUCUAUGGUAGAUGUGUUACAGGGAACUAGAUCUAGAGGUCGACUCUUAGACACGUGUUGCCGUACACGGAACUAGAGGUCUGCUCUUAUAGACGUGUUGCACGGAACUAGAGGUUAACUUAUAGAGGUGCGUUACAUGGAACUAGAGGUCUACUCAUAGGCGCGUUACACGGAACUAGAGGUCGACUUAUAGAGACGUGUUGCACGGAACUAGAGCUCUACUCAUAGGCCCGUUACACGGAACUAGAGGUCUACUCAUAGACGUGUAUCACGGAACUAGAGGUCUACUCAUAGGCGCGUUAAACGGAACUAGAGGUCUACUUAUAGAUGUGUUACGUGAAACUAGAGGUCUGCUCAUAGGCCCGUUACGCGGAACUAGAGGUCUACUCAUAGGCGUGUUACAGCGAACUAGAGGUCUACUCAGACGUGUUACGCGAAACUAGAGGUCGACUCAUCAAUGACGUGUUACAUGGAACUAGAGGCUAGAGGUCAACCCAUCAUAGAGUGUUGCACGGAACUAUCACUUUAUCAGAUUCUGCUCAUCAACAAGAGGUCAACUCGUCGACUAUCGACUCACAAUUAUGACCUGGAAUUAUUGGAAUCCUGCCGCUGUGGAGAGCUGACCGACCAUCGUAGCCUUCCUAGCCCCGGACACUUGUUGCCGUGACUGUCCACCCGCUACCGUCCAGUGGCCAGGUUUUUGCGGGUGCAGUGGUCCAUGUUGCUUUCCAUUGUCACCUCUUUUCCAUCUGCCCCCUCCCCACUGCAACCCCGCCCCCUCCACCUCUUUUCUCCCUCCCCACUCAACCUCCUCCCCAUCCACCUCU